ACUAACUCCCCGGCAUACGCAGCAACCUUGAGGUAACAAGUGUCUGCACUCUCCGGAACAAGGUAGUGCGCUAUAUAAACAGACGGUGAAUGUACUUGGAAUCAUUCAGUUGUUAUCUGCAGCAGUCUUUACAUAUCACAAAAAGUAAAAUGAAGAUUUUAAUCACGUUGACUGUUUUGGUCGUCGUUGCGGUGUCUGUCAAUUCACAGAAUUACCCCAAAUAUCCUAAACCAGCCUACUCAUCACCAGCUUACCCUAAGCCGUCAUACGCUAAACCUUCUUACGACUAUGCUCCUGUUCCUUACAACUUUGCCUACGCUGUCAAAGACGACUACACUUACAACGACUAUGGUCACCAAGAAACCAGUGACGGAUACGCCAAGACCGGCAGCUACUACGUCCUAUUGCCCGAUGGCCGCAUGCAGACCGUCACCUACAAAGCUGAUGAAAACGGCUACGUCGCUGAUGUUUCUUACAAGGGAGAAGCCAAGUAUCCCGAAUACAAACCUUCUUACGCCAAGCCAGUUUAUCCUAGUUACCAACCAGCUUAUCCCAAGCCAGCGUACAAGCCGGACUACCCCAAGUACAACUAAGAUGUUUAAAACCAGAUGACGGCAACAUUCCCCUAUCUCGUUGUAGCCCAUGAUUUCCUAUGCAUACAUAUCGCCAAUAGCUCAUUUCAUUUAGAAAACAAAACGUGAUAUAAUGACACAUAAAUACAACAAGUUUCCAAUAGGGAUCUAUGAAA